UGUGUCCUUUCGCUUAUAACUAGUCUUACCGCAGUCGUAUUAAAACGGCUGGCAAAAUGCAGUAUAAUCGACAUCGUGUCCGCAUGAAAGGUUUUUGCUGGUGAUUUCCCCCCCACUCUUGAUAGAUGACUUCUCGAAAGGGGGACAACAACUGGACACUUUGGACUUUUAUUUAUUACUCAGCUCCAAAAAUAAAAGUGUAGACGGAUAUCUGACUCGAAUGUUUCACCAGUCAUUGAGAUUAUUCGUUGUUCAGCUGAACAUUCACUGACUCCUAUAGCAGCUCACCUCGGAAGGAAAGCGGGGAGUGAUACUUGAACUUCAUGCCUCCACAAAGCCAUUAAUGAGUCAAGCCUUCCUCCACACCAACAGACCAGCAUGGAGAAAGGGGUCCAAACACGACUAGAAACAGGAGCAGCAGAUGAGAAAGACCCUCUUACUCUAGGGAAGACCCCAUUAGCGGGGAGUGCGGACUUGGGACAUGAAUUUUGCAAACGUAAUGGUUUGAUCAAUACCCACAACUUAAUGGUGGAGAAUAAGGAAGGACUGGUGUCGGUCUAUUCUGCCCCGCAGUACCAGGGCCAUGUGGUGUCAAAGGACAUAAAUGGGACACCGGAUGGUCGAGGACCCCCACAGUUGCUCAACCCCAGCGCCCUGCCCCAGGCUAUAGACCAUUACUACAGACCCAGCCUCCUUCUGUACCCCGAGAGCGUGUUGAGAGCAUGGGGAGAGGGGGGGGACUGCUGCGAGACCACCUUCAUUGAGGAGAUGACCCCUGCCUCGUGCGGCUCCGCCGUCGCUAAAGACGGAAUUCUGUUCACCGACAGCAAGCUUCUGGAUCUCUCUAUGGAAGACGCCAAGAUCCAGACGCUCUGCUAUGAUGUAGAUGAAGACGAUGAUGAAUUUCAGGAACUCGAG